UAUCCUAUAUACACACGUGUUACAUACGUAAUUCCGAUCUUGCUGGCGCGACUCUUAAAGCGUUCCUCGUUACCAUGGAGCUUGUUUGGUCGCUUAUGUAAUCUAACCGUAGAGACUGCAACUAGCAUAAAACCAAUGCCCAACUAGUACACAUAUAUCCAUUUCCGUAUCUAUCCAUACAUCCACCCGUCCCUCCAUACAUUAUAUGUAUGAGGGAGGGAGAGAAAAGUGAAAGAUAACGGUAAUACCUCAGUUUAUAGCUGGUCAUUGUAGCAUGAACUGUAUGUGAAAUUUGUUUUUCUGCUUAUACACCCCACCCUCACACACACACAUGCGCACACACAUACUCAUACACACACACACACAUGCACACACACACGCACACAUAUACACACACACACACACACUCAUAUAUACACACUCACACACAUUUAAUACAUAAUAAUUAUAUUAUACAAUAACGAUAUUGUGUUAUAAAUAUACCCCGAGAAAUUACAAUAGGUUUAAGGUAAAUUAACAAACGAGUCAACGAACGACUGGAAUAAGUCGAUAAUCACUGAAACCACCCUCAGGUUCCCAUCAUCCCUGUGUUACUCAUGACAACCAAAAACUUAUGUCGCUGGAAGACGGAGUAUUCCAUGUCAGCUGUUUCAGAUAAUUUAAAAUAUCACGUGAAUUGCAAAAAAAGGAAAAUGAUAAGUGUUAUUGAUAAUGAUGUUUUGUGCCCUCAGUAUGUCUCAAAAGCUAUGGCACCAAGAAAUCCUAAACUUGUCAAAGAGCCCGAGGAAGAGAGCCAACUUAUUCCAAGUGUCUUCCUAAAGAACAUCUCUAUGACAACAGAAGAGAGAUUGACCAAUACACGUACAAUGAGGAUUCCAGAGAAAUUGCAACUCCUUGAAAUCGGAGAUACAGUUCAUCACAAAAUCUCAACUGUAAAUAUUAAUGAACCCAUUUUCCAGCCUUUCCCAUCAGAAAUAUUUUUCCAACAAUAUGAACCUUUCAAGGUUUAUGAAGUAUCUUUGCUUCUUGAAAAUAAAGACCGAAUCCCACGUACUGUAAAAGUGAAUCAAGAAGCCUCUCCUUACUUCAAAUUGAUCCCUCCUCCUGAUGCACACCACAAAGUGGCCCCAGGGCUGGCACUUGUAUUCAAGGUUCAGUUCACCCCAGAAGAAAAUAAGGAUUAUGAACAUGAGAUUGUAUGUACAACAGAAAGAGAGAGAUACGUUGUACCAAUAAAAGCCAUUGGAGCCCGUGCCAUUGUGGACAUCCCAGAUGAGAUCCACUUUCCAACCUGUCCAGUAUUAAUGGCAUCGACCAAAACUAUUCUUCUUAGAAAUAUUGGUAACAGAGAUGCCAAGUUUUCUUUCUUUACACUUCUACCUUUCAGUGUUUCACCUGUUCAUGGAACUGUUGCUGUAAAUGCCAAUAGCCAGGUAGAUAUAGAGUUUUACCCGACAGAAGUGGGCAACCAUCACGGCCAACUCUACCUGAGAUAUGACACAGGUGAAGUUUUGUUCAUAGAACUGCAUGCUGUUGCCCAAGACAUAAACAUACGCUUGGACAGAAACUCGGUUCGUAUUGAAAAUACUUUUAUCUCUCUGACCAAUCAGAGAAGUGUAUUUAUUCACAAUCGGACAAAUGUUGUUGCCAAAUACAAAUGGACUAAUUUUCCUACGUGGAUUGAUGAGAUAGAGCAAAAAGAAAGAUUUGUCUCUGAUAUUGAAGAAACAAGGCAAACUGAGAUAGAAAACUUUAUACAAGAUUAUACUGGAGAUCCUUCAUUAAAUGACAAGAUCUCUGUAAUGAACCGUUCCUAUCUGAACAGGAGAAAGUUGAUUGAAGAUGGCAGUGGUCUGUUUUACGAUGAAGUCUUCAAGAUUGAACCAAUUGAAGGAGAGAUUUGGCCUAACCAAACGAUGCAAAUAAAUAUCAUGUUCAAACCAUUGGAAGCAAAGUCUUAUAUUAAAACUGCAUAUUGUGAAAUCACUGGUCGGGAGAACCGUCUUCCAUUGCAGUUGCGUGGUGAAGGGAAAGGACCCAAAGUUCAGCUGUCUGUGAAUAUCAUGAAUGUUGGACCGAUUUUCAUUGGUUCCUGUCAUUACUAUGAAGUGAUUUUAGCCAAUCACGGACAGAUUCUUGCCAGUUAUGUUAUCCAAAAGAGUUUCUCUGCCUUUGCUUCCUAUUUCACUUUCAACCCGAAUAAUGGCGUAGUACAACCGGGAGGUCACCAAGCAAUACGAGUGAAGUUUCAAGGAAGUAGUUUAGGAGAUUUUGACGAAGUCUUCAAAUUUCAGGUGGAGGGUCUACCUCAACCUGUGGAACUCAAAUUCAGAGGAUCUGUAAUUGGUCCAACUUUCCAUUUUGAUGUGGCACAACUGGAGUUUGGCAAUGUAUCCUAUGGCUUCCAGUACAUGAAAACCUUUCAAAUGCACAAUACUUCAUUGAUUCCAAUGAACUUUCGGCUCCAUGUGCCAGGAGAUGGCAUUGUUGACAGUAUUCCAAGUAUAAAAGGAAAUUUUUAUCCAAAGAGAGCUGAUAAACAAACCUUACCACCCAAAGAAUUUAAAAUCAUCCCAUCAGAGGGCGUUGUUGAAGCAAUGAGUUCUCUCCAAGUGACCGUUCAAUUUGUGUCCAACACUGUGUCUCGAUAUGAAAUGGCUCUUGUCGUGGAUGUCAUUAAUGUCGCAGAUCAAGUGUUCUCAAUGCCUAUUACUGCCAGAUGCUUGGUUCCCACAGUCGUUGUAGCGAAUCCAGUUUUGAUGUACCACCGAUGUUUCUUGAACUAUCCUUACACACAGUAUGUCAAGCUGCAAAACCUCUCCAAUCUCCGAGCUCGUUAUGAUCUUGAGCCGCAAGACCCUGACAAAUGGUCAAGCAUUUCAUACUGUAGCAGUGAACCAUCAGGAAUCCUUGAAGCUUUUAGCUCUUUUGAUGUACCGCUGACUAUAAAAACUGGAUGUCUCAGAGAGUUGGUGGCUCCAGCCUAUUUUAAAGUCUUUGGUAGUUCUGAAUAUAUUACAGUUGAGAUUUCAUGUUAUGGGGAAGGACCUGUGGUACAUGUCGCACCACUUGAGGUUGACUGGGGUACCAUUACUGUACUGAAGGACGUAGAAAGGAAAAUCACUUUGUUAAAUGAAUCUCCAAUUCCUGCUACCUUUGAAGCAAGCAUGAGCCGACCAAACUCAUUCUUUCAUGUCAGUCCAAAGGAUGGAGUGAUUUUGCCUGAAGAAAAAAUGAUUCUAACAUUGACUGCCAACAUUAAUGAUAUCAUUAAUUUUGAAGACAAAAUUAAUAUUAAAUUUGGAGACAAUUCAGAAAGAUUUGUGAUCUUGAAAGCAUUUGGUGAAGGCAGUACCAUUGUAGCUGACCCACCACUGUCAUCUGUCUUAAACCUUGGCCCACAUUUCAGUAACAAAACUUUAAAAAAAAAAAUAGUUUUCACUAACAAAGGUCGGCGCCAGCAACAGGUGAACUGGGUCAUCCAAACAAACACCUUACAAUUACCAAAACUUAGCAAACAGGAGGCACAACUAACAAAAUUAAACGAGAAACAAGUUUCUGUAAAGACUUCUACUUCCCCAGAAACUAAAGCAUCAGUGUUUGAAAUAAUUCCUCAUCGCUUCAAAUUAUUGCCUGGUGAAAGUAUGGGUGUCUAUUUAAAAGGUUUUGUGGAAAAACCUGCUGAUAUCAAUGAGAUAUUACAUUGCUACUCAAUACUUGGCAAGCAUGGCGGCAAGAAGUUGGUCAUCAAUGUCAAUGUCAAAGCUCAGUUCAUCGACCCUUUACUGGAUUUCUCCAGAGAAAACAUCUUCUUCAGAACUGACAAGACCCCAGAUAUGAAACUGGGCCUUCUGUAUCAAGACCUUCAACUGACCAACACAGCCAUUCUGCCCCUCACAAUCAACCUGCAGAUACCAGACCCUUUCAAGAUUGUGUACAAUGAUGAGAUUCUCUCAGAAGUCAAAAUACAAAUAGAUGUUGGUGAAGUCUGUGCCUUAAAGAUCCAGUUCAAUCCAUGUUAUAAAGAUGAUUUAGUCACCCGAAUUAUUGAACAGAGUCUAACCAUCAGCUAUGAUGAACAUCCUCACAUUGAUUAUAUCACUUUACAUGGAGAAGUUUACUUUCCCAACCUCACUUUUGAACAAACAGAAGUCGACUUUGGCUGCAUCAUGAACAACAGCACUGAAACAAAGAUAAUAAAUAUUAUGAAUAACAGCCCAUUGGUUGUGAGAUAUCAGUGGACAAUGUUCACAUUGGAGUUAACCAAGAAAGUGGUGAAUCACGAGCUGAUUAAGCAUCUUGACUCCACAUCCUCCAUUCAUGGUACAGAGUCAAAGUCAAAAAUGUCGUCAGCUGGUUUUGAAGACUUGAAGGCUUACAAGGAGUAUGACUCUGAGUUGUUCACUAGUGGAGAUAUCAGUUCAACCAUAAUGAAUGUAGGAAAUCAAGAUUUGUAUGGUGGUGGUGCUUAUACAAUUUUAAAUGAACUUGAUGAAGAGAAUUCUGGCAAAGAUAAUUGUCAGGCCUUCAAUUUACUUCCCAUGAAUGGUGUAUUACAUCCAGGACAAGCAGAACUUGUCAAAGUGACAUUCUUUGGACAUGCCAACACAACGGCACGCGUGACAGCCAUGUGUACUGUUGAAGGGGGUCCGACAUAUUGCAUCCAGUUGUCUGGAGAAGCUUCAUACCUAAGUUACAAAUUUGAUGUUUUGUCAAUCGAUUAUGGAGAACAGAAAUAUGAUCAAGUGGCUGAAGCUACCAUUACACUGACCAACACUGGACUUGUUGGUUGUAAUUUCUGCACCAUAAAUAUGGUCAAAAUUGAAGAUGAAAUACCUCCACAGACUCCCAUUGUAGUUCCUGAAUCAGGUCAUAUAAAAUCUGGAGACAGUCAGGUUCUCACGGUCAAAUAUCUUCCUGGUUUUCCUGUCAAGUUCAAUUCCAGUUUCAGCAUUCAAGUGAACCAUUUCAAACCAGAGACAAUAACACUCAUUGGCAAUGGCAUUUUCCCUCAUUUGCUUCUCAACUUACCCAGACACAAACACGAUUCACUUUAUAAAAAAUCGUUGAAGGCUGCAAAAGUCCAUCUCAGUAAAGAGGCUGCUUCUAGCAAUGUUCCAAUGGAACCAAAGGCAGAGAAUGAAAAAGAUGAAGUUAACAAUGUAGAGGAACAAGAAGAAACUUUUAAAGAGACAGAAUUACAAAAGGAAAUCGACAGAGUUGCUGUGACUUUAUAUAUUAAUGGACCAGAGACUGAUAGUAUUUGCAGGUCAGAUUUAGAAAUUCCUUCCUUUGUAUUGGAUCAGAAGAGAGCAUCUUCGAUUAUAUAUAGUAACACCAGAAUUCUUCGAAAGGAUUCUUCCAAAUUAUGGAGACAAAGACCCUUCUUGCCUAUCUAUGAACUGGACCUUGGCUUUGUAAUCCUUGGUUUGAUAACCAACCGCACUGUUACUCUGACUAAUUGUGGAAACCUCUCAGUUUCCUUCAAGAUUGUAUAUGAACAUCUGCAGUACUGGGGAUUUAAAAUUGACCUUCAUAAAGUUACGAAUCUCCCUCCACAAGAGAGUGCUAGCUUUCAGUUGACAUUUGAUCCGAGAGGAGCAAAUCUUACCAAGGGCCCCAUAGAAACAAAACUACUCAUCAGUAUAACAAAUGGCCCACAAAUUAUUGUGUCUCUUCGCGCUCAUAUCACCAUGCCUGAUAUGGAAGUUUCUCAUGAUAUACUGGAUUUUGAAAAUGUGAAAUGUGGUGAGUGUAAAAUAAUGAGCACCCAACUUCAUAACCACCAAUAUGUUCAAUGUGAAUGGAGCUAUCUUCCAUCUUCGUCCAAGAAAAAUCAGGCCAAAAAUGAAGCACAAGACACAGCAAAUAAAAAAGCUGCAUUGGCCAUGAGACCACGUAAGAACUUUGAAAUAAUUCCUCCCUCAGGAGUACUCCAGCCAGGACAAAGAGUAAAUAUUCAAGUAAAAUUCAUGCCAACGGAAGGGAAAUUGUAUGAAAAGAGAAUACCAAUCCGAAUUGCCCAAAGCAGUGAAAGAAUCAUUCUUCAGUGUAAAGGAAAUGGCAUUGAACCAGUUCUUGAGUUGUUGGAAGAACACGUCACAUACAGACCAAUUCUUCCACACAGUUGCGGGGAUGAGAAAGAAGUGAUUGUGAAGAAUCCAUGCGAUUUCCCAAUAGAAUUCUACAGUGUGGACUUUGAUAGCAACUAUCUUGAAGAAGAAAAGAUUCUUCGUCUGAUGCGAGGCUAUGAUGAUUAUAAAACCUUGCUUUUACCACCUCGGGCUGCUGGGGAGAAGUUACCCCAAGAACUGCUUGACUUUUAUAAAGCACGGAAGAAAAGACUUGAAGAAAUGGAGAAGUUCCACAAAGAAGGAAUGAGUUUGUUGAGCUCAGUUUCUGAGGACACCCAAGAGCAAGACGUCAAAGAGGAUACAGAAACUGAAGGCAUCGAGGUGAAAAAAUAUGAUUCUGCAGAGAAUUUAAUAGAAGUGAUUAUACCUCCUUUCACCAGUAAAUGUACAUCACCUGAAAAUGUGACUUUGGAAAGUGUGGAACAAACUGAAAAGUUGAAUGUUGAUGACAUAGAAGAAGCGAAAGUGAGAGAUGCUGACAGUUCUGGCGUUGGGGAACUUGAAAUGACACCAGUUGCUGCUGCCAUUACACGUUAUCUUGGAAUUGAUCUGUCUCCCGAUGGUCAAGCAGCACGAAACAGAAGGGGAAUAGCCAUCAUCAUACAUGGGUCACCGUUUUCUGGAAAAUCCACAACGGCUACUGACAUUGCACAUUACUACGAUGCAGCAUUACUGAAUAUUGAUGACGUUGUCAUAGAUGCAAUUGCAAAGGGUGCAACACCAGCAAGCUUAAAAGCACGGGAACUCUGUGCCGAUGCUGCCCAGCGCUGGAGAGAAGAGCAAAGAACACAAGAAGAGAGCGAGGAGAAAAAACCUGGAACAGAAACCAAUACUACCACGACUGGUGGUGCUUAUCCCAGAAAGGCCAGCAAUAUGAACAAAGGACUCAUAGGUGCGAACAUGACCAGCAACAGAGGUGGUGAUACGGCUCAGCAGCAAUCAGUCAGCCCUCCGCCACUCGUGUACCCCCCUGUUAAAGAAUUAAACAUUAAAUCUGGAAUUGCUGGGGAAGCUGGACUUGUAAGUUGUAUCUUACCUGAAGAUGUUCUUGUUGAAAUUUUAGCUGACCGUCUGCAGAUGCCUGACUGUCACAAAGGUGUUGUCAUUGAUAGUCUUGAAAGUGUGUUCAGUCCCAGCUUCCAGUUGCUUGAACAGGUCAUCCUUAAAGCCUUUAAUAACAGACGGUACAUUUUUCAUAUCAGCCUCAGACUUGAUUUCCAUACUUACCAAAACAGGAAAAAAGAAUUAAAAGAACAAGAAGAAAAGCAGAAGAUUCUAGAAGACGAACUGGAGAGGAAAUGGAUCGAAGAAAUGUCUGAGGGCGAGUAUGAUGCAAUGUCCGAGGAACAAAGGGCCCGAGUAGAAGGCCGAUUAAUGGUAAUAAAGAAAAAUAGGAUGAGCAGGGAAGUUAAAGAGAAAGAAGAAAGAGAACGUAAAGAACGAGAAAUGCAGGAAGCUGAAAACCGGCGCCUAAUGGAAAUUAAAUCAAGGAAAAAAGGGAAACGUCCUGCACCGCCGUCGAAUGAAAAAGACAAAGACAAGAAGGCUGGCCCUCUUGACAAAGACAAGAAGGCUUGUGAAAAGGUUGGGACAAAAGGAGUUGGCCAUAAAUAUGAAGGGGAUUCAAAAGGUGGAGUUACAGAACGUCCUGACUCACAGGCCACCGAUCGAAAUGAUAUGACAGAGGAACGCCGAAAGAGGUCUGUUAGAAGACCCGGUGUAGACGCAUCGUCUUCUAAAGGGAAAGAAGAGAUUCCAGAAGAUCCAUAUAAAGAACUGACCAAAGAAGAAUUACUUGAAAUGCAGAAGUAUGUUCUUAGAAUUUCAACAUGAGUUUGUAUUUCUGAA